AAACUGGAACAACAAAGAUGUCGCGAACUAAAGAAAGUUUGUUGAUUGUUUGUUAUGGGGUCGUAUUUGUAUAAUAAAACAGUUUUUAAUAUAGUUAAUACAAUUUAUACGUCGAUGUUAGUUAAGUUGUAAAUAGAAUUGCAGAAUCUCAAAAAGUAAAAUAGAUGGUGUUAUACGUUUCUUUAGUGAAUACUCUAUAAUUAUAAUUGGGACCCUUGUCUUAGAUUUUGAAUAAUGAGACUACGAGUUGGGAGGACUCAAGUAACCGUAAUUACAAUGGGUGUGUUGUUUCUGCUAUUAAUUUUAUACCGCAUGUCAUACGGUGACACGUCUGUUCAGCAUGCAGUAAUAAGAGAAGAUGAUGUGAUUAAAACACAACCAGACAAUUCACAAAUAAUAUUACAAUCAAAUGAAAAUGAUAAGAUAAUGUCAAAUGUCAAAGAAAAACUUAAGGUUGAUGAUCACUUCGGAAGGAAGUUGAUGCUGCCCAGGUUAAGAGAAAAUGUGAAGGACGAGGGUUACAAAGAAGACGACAGGUUUGUUAAACCAAGGAGUGUCCCUUUAUUUCAUGGAUUUCGAAUCGUUCACUUGGACCUGAAAGGUGCUCCACCUCGAUUAUCGUUUUACGAAGAAUUCUUCCCGCUUUUGAAAGAAAUGGGAGCGACAGGUAUUUUGAUAGAGUACGAAGACAUGUUCCCGUACUGGGGCCCUCAGUUGCAAGACAUUUCAGCUCACAAUGCGUAUACUAAAUCUGACAUAAAACAUAUUAUUAAGCUUGCAUACAGCAAUGGAUUAAUGGUUAUACCACUUAUUCAGACGUUUGGGCACUUGGAAUUUCUUCUAAAGCUUCAGAAAUUUUCAGAUAUGAGAGAAGUGCCCAAGUACCCACAGGUAAUCUGCCCAUCUCACAACGCAACUUUUUCUCUGCUGACCGCCAUGAUUGACCAAAUUGUCAAAAUGCACCCCGGCAUAAAAUAUUUGCACAUUGGCUGUGACGAAGUUUAUUACCUGGGCGAGUGCAUUCGCUGUGCAAUGGCCAUGGUUGAUCACAAGUGGAGUAAGACUGAGCUGUUUCUCAAUCACGUCACACUGAUUGCAAGGUACGUUCGCGAGAAGCACCCGGGCGUGGUCCCCCUGAUGUGGGACGACGAGUUCCGGGAGCUGUCCCAGGAGGAGCUCCGGGAGUGGGACGUGGCCCAGUGGGUGGAGCCAGUCGUGUGGAAGUACACGCCUGACGUGGCCAGCUACAUCGCCUCCGACGUCUGGGAGAAGUACGCCGCGGUCUUCCACGCCGUCUGGAUCGCGAGCGCCUUCAAAGGGGCCACUGGCCCGGACAAAUACGUCACGGACAGCAGCUACCACUUGGAGAACCACCGUGCGUGGAUGGACGUUGUUGCCAUGUACUCGGACCGCAUCAAGUUCCGCGGCGUCAUCAUCACCGGCUGGCAGCGCUACGAUCACUUUUCUGUGCUCUGCGAGCUGCUGCCGCCAGCGAUUCCGUCGCUCGCUAUAAGUUUGGCGUUCAUCCAGGGGGACAACAAAGAAAUGUCGGCCGUGCCGAGGAAGGUGUCGGACAUGUUGAAGUGCGAUGUGCCGUUGUCGAUGACCCCCGGAGCGGGUCGAGCGCACUGCUCGUUUCCCGGGGCCGGCAUCCUGGACGUGGUCGAGCGCCUCUACCUGCUGGCCAUGAGCAUCGAGCAUAUGACGAGCGACUCGACCAUGAAGGGCUGGAUGACGCAGUACAACAUCGACAAUGCCUAUUCGAGUCCGUCCCACGUGGAGCAUGCCACCGCAGAACUGGACAGGUGCCGCAUGGAGCUGGGCUACAUCGAGCGGGACAUGAAGGUGGCGAUGGCAGACGUGUACGACGCACACACGGUGACAGAGUGGCUCGCCACGUACCUCAAGCCCGUGGGGCGCCGACUGCAGGGCCUGUGGGAUGCCAAGGAGCGGCUCCUGUCCAAGGACCACUGGCCGAGGAGGCCAUUGGAAGCCCCUGCCACCGAUAGCGAGGAUCUGUAACGAUGUUUGAUCGCUAACAUUCACUUGCUAGGGAAUUCUCUCAUUUGUGAAAAGCAGAGUUGAUAUUGUUUGAGGUUGAUAUUGGUUUUUGAUCGGGAGCUGGUUCUUUUUCUUUUCAUCGAGACAAAUGACAGUACAAAUAGCUAAAGGAGGUGUGUAAAUUGAAUAGUGUUCAAGUACAGUGAUGUCUUUAAUGCAGGAUUCUAUGGUUUGGCACAUUAUGUAAUCCAGCACAAAUCGAGCCGCCCAUAUUCAGAUUUUUUUUUCAAGGAGUGUUCUAGCUGUUGACGUUUGCUGCCAGCGUUUUUAGUUUUCUUAGAGUUUAUCAUUGCUAUCGGUUUUCUUUUGAGUGCAGCAUUUACUGUUUUCUACCAGGUUCCAUUUCAAAUUUUAUAACAUCUGGUUAUCCCGUUCAAACUAUGUCGACGUUCGCUAAGCUGGCAAGGCCAUGGUCACUUGAUUAAAGACUGUUCACUGUACUACCUACUGUAGAGUUAAAUGUAGAGUUGUAUGCAGGUUAAAACUUUGUGAACAUUGUACAGUAAAACUUCUGUAAAAUGAAACUGAAGUGAGAUAAUUUUUUUUUUUUUUUUAAUUAAGUUCUUUAUAAAGAAUUGGAACAAAACAGGAAUGAUACCUAAGUGUACAAUACAAGAUUUGCCUCGUUUUACUACACCUGUGUAGAUGAGUAUAUUUGCCACUAAAUGGGCAAUAUUAAAUUUGUGAUACCAUUGUAAUUAGUUCAGGAAAUAAAGAAACUGUUACAACUUUAGCAUUCAUAUUAGCGAUACCGUGUGUCAGUAAGCUAUUACUUAAUAUAUGAUAAAAACAUUUCAAUGAAGGAAGUAAGACAUGCUUUAAAAAUGUAAGCAGUUAAUGUACAUCGCACCUGCAUCACUGUGGUCAUCUGGAGGAGCGGUAGUUUUGUAUUCUUCAUGUCCAUUGAGGCAUUGCUUAUAUUGUGCUAUUUAAGUAUAGAAUUUUGGUUAGGUUUGGAGGGGGAAAAAAAGUGUGUAAAGUUAUUUCAUCUUGGUUAUAAGGUAGUUUUUGUUUCAAGCAUGUUCAUCAUACAGAUGUUUUACUGUAUAGGUGUACAUAUUACGUACUAAUGGAACAAUACUCAAAUUUUCGGGUCAAUUUUAAGAAUGCAUAAAAUGUCCAUUUCUUGUGUGUGACUGUGAUAUUGGAAUAAUCCAUAUUGUGUACAUGACUGUCUCGCUGUUGUUUACCAUAGAAGUCGUAGUGGUUGAUUAAGAGUUAUUGCUUUACAAAUUUUAAUCAGCUUAGUUAAAAUUGUGCAAAGUAGGCAUGUUUUUAUUUGAUAACUGAUUAAAUGAAAUUGUGAAUAAUGUGAAACUAUUCAUUACUAUUAUUAUUCAGAAUAUCUAGUCAAUAUAUUUUAUCUAAAAACUUUUAGUCAAAAGAUCUGUUAAUAAUAGUAUGAUGUGGUGGAUUAAGGGUUGAAAUCUGUAAAUUAUAAUUAUUUUGUUGAUUUGAUCUCGAUUUUGUAAUUUAUAUACUAGGAUAUACUUUAUGAAAAUUGAACUAUUACACUGUUCAAAAAAUAAAUUUGACUUUGUUACAACUAUCAGACUUUCACAAUAUAUACUCACGGUUUCUAAAGAUCACAAAAGUGACGAAAAAGUAAACAAAUUUUAGAUCUUGUUACAAAAUAAUUAGCCGCUAUGCUAGAAGCCAUGAAAUUUAAAUUUCUAGCUGCCCAUGGUAACUUGAAUUUUUGUUGCUUGAUGCCUUACUUCAGAGUACAGCCUCACAUUAAAAAUAAAUGGUUUGAUACUGUCCACUCAAUCAUGUGCAAAUAUCUAGUGCAAUCCUUAACAGAGUUUUAAAUUUUGGGCAAAAAAAAUUAACAUUGAUCCGUGUGGUUGAACAUGUGCUUAAAUAACUAGACUGUGUUGGUUUUUAAUAAAUAUGUUAUGAGCAACUAUAGAUUUAAUUAAAAACUUCUCAUAAACAUUA